UUACACGUCAAAAUAUUCAAAUGUCAAUAAAAAAUUUUGCAAUUUCUUUACCAUUUUUUUCUCUGCAAAACAAUAAUCAAGAAAAUACAAAAAUAGGGUUUCCAUGGAGUAAGGUUUCCAUUUCUUUAGGAAUUUUAAUUUUAGCGAGUAUGGCAUGGAGAAGCCAUGGUAUAAACAACGCCGAUUUGGUUCGAAAUCUCAGAGCAAAUGGCAUCAUAAAAACUGACGCUGUAGCCAACGCAAUGGUUGCUGUUGAUAGGAAGAAUUACUGUCCACAUUCGCCAUACCAUGACUCUCCUCAGUCAAUUGGAUAUUCUGCCACUAUUAGUGCACCACAUAUGCAUGCCCAUGCAUUGGAGAUACUAAGAAAACAAUUAAUUCCUGGUGAGAAAGCCUUAGAUGUAGGUUCUGGUUCAGGCUACCUAACAGCAUGUAUGGCUUUCAUGCUGGGAGAGACAGGAAGAGUGAUUGGCAUUGAACACAUACCUGAUUUGGUCACAUUGGCAACUAAAAAUAUAAAUAAUGAUAAUCCAGAGCUACUAACGUCAGAAAGGGUGAAACUUGUUGUCGGUGAUGGACGUCUAGGCUACCCCUCUGAAGCUCCAUACAAUGCAAUUCAUGUAGGAGCUGCAGCCCCUCAACUGCCACAGGCUCUUGUUGAGCAGCUAAAGCCGGGUGGCAGACUCAUUGUUCCUGUUGGGCCGGAGGGAGGGGAACAGCAUCUUACACAAGUGGAUAAAGCACUGGAUGGUAGCACCACAACAAAGAAGCUGAUGAGCGUUAUAUAUGUCCCCCUGACCGACAAGAACCAUCAGUAUCGUCCAUCGAGUUAAUUUGGUUUUGAGUUGUAUUAUAAUGAAAUAUAAAUACACUAUAUUUAUCAAUAUUUGCAAAAAUAAAUUCUGGUUGGGCUAUGUUGAUAUUUUAAAUGACAAGCAAAUAAUAAAAGAAUCAAGUUUAUUAUUAUUGUAUCUGUGGAUUACCCUGACAAUUAUUUUGUAAUUGAAUAAAACUACAAUUAUAAAACAUAUAUGUAUUUUAAUUUUAAAAUUUGACAUCAUGGACAUGAACAUCUUGCUACAGGUGCCAAAGUAAACAAUAAUUUUCUCAUGGCAUGGUACACCAUGAGGAAAUUAUUAUGUACUCUAUGUACAUGUCGAUAAAACUAUCGUUUCGAGUUAGUUUUAUCGACAUUCAUAUCAGUAUCCUGAUUCCUUUUUUUUUUCUUUUUUUUUUAAUAAAUAAAUAUACUUAAACAAUACACAUCACUAUCUAGCCCCAAAGUAAGCAUACUGAGUAGCUUGUGUUAUGGGUGCUAAGAUAGUUGAUAUUAUAAUUAUAAUAUUAAUAUACAAUUAUAUACUACAUAUAAAUAUUUAUACUUAUAUAAUGUAUAAAUACACACAGACACUGGAAAACACUCAUUGCUCAUCAAACCCAAUUUUUUGAUUAUGCACAAUUAAAAAGUUGUCCAACUAAAUUGUAGGAGUACACAAUUUAGUUGCUUAACUUAGAAGUGAGUUUUUCCUCCGUCCGGUUUAUUAUUGAUAAGGCACAAGCACAUAACUACGUGACAUAUGACUUUUGACUACCUGCAGCAAGAUAUUGUUAUAAAAUCAAAUACUAUGUACCUACUACAUAUUAUUUGACUUUAGUUACAAUGAAUGCCAUAUAUAAUAAAACUUCUAUGUUACAAAUGACUAUAGCAAUAAUUAUUAUUAAUCAAAAGUAAAAAUGUAAAGGCUUUUUUCAUUAUAAUAAAAAUAUUGCUCUUUAUGGGAUUUUUAUUUGUGUUAUAAUAUAGUACAAUAAUGAAGAUCAUCAAUUUUUUUUAUUGUCAAGAGCAUAUAUAUAGUUAAAGAUUUUAAAAUACUCAGUUUUCUAUAUUACAAAUUGUUUAGAUAAGUUACGUAGGCCCUGAACAUAAGAGGGAUUAUAAUGUAAAAAGCGAUUAUAAUAAUAAUUUAUUCAAUAAAUAAAUAUAAAAUACAAA